AUGCCCAAGACGAAGCGCGCAUCUCCGCGUCAGAGCGUCGUGCUCACCAAAGGCGACUGGCUCGAUGUGAUGGAUCAAGACGGAGUGUGGAACGUCGCGCGAGUGCUGAGUGUGCCGUCGUCCGAAGAGGUUGAAGUCAUGUACGACGGUUGGCCCGACGAAUAUGACGAGGUUGUUCGCGUGGACAGCGACCGCGUGGCUCCGUACCACACUUUCACAUGGGCUGUUAAAUGCUGGGUUAAAUACCUCAACUGGCCCUUGUGGCCGUCAGUGGUGCGUUUACAUUUUUCUUAA